UGACAACUGCAUGAAAUGUCAAAACCAUCAAACAAAACCUCAAAUCGGCAAAAAAACAAUAUUCUACAAAACCAUCUCGAUAUAUUACUUUAUCUUCGAUAAUUUAGAUAUUUCUCAGUGUAAUUAUGUCUCAAUCGAAGGCGGAUGCGGGUGCGUCGACUGACGAGGAGCCCUUGAAAGAUGUGUUCGAUCAAGCCAUGAAGAUGUUUGAAAAGAUAGAAAGCAGUAAUGAGCCAAUGAACAGCGAUGCCAUGCAGAUUUACCUAAAGGCAGCCAUAGCGAAGUUUGAGAAAGCUACCAAUUUGGUGUCGCUAUCGGGGAUGUUUAGCAGUAAUGAGAGCCUGGAGGAGCUCCCUACAGAGACACUGCAGUACUUGCUGCUGCCUGCACUGCUUGGUACGCUGAGUCUGAAGCUGUGCGGGCAGCCUCGGAAAGAGGUUAUAAACCUAGUUGAGAUUUAUUUUAGAGAUUUUCUGCAGCGGUGCAAAGAUUAUGGUGUGACAGAUAUAGAGGUGCCGCAGCCAGCAGACAACCAGACCCAGAAGGUGGAGAGGGUGGUAACGGAACAAGUCAAGAUUGCUAAUAUGAUACACAGCCGCGAAGCGAAGAUAAAGCGCUACAAAGAGAUGAAAGAACUAAAAGAGAAAUUAACCACUCUCUCCAAAGCCAUGUCUUCAGAGCUGGUGGACGAUGAGACCAAGCGGGAGUACUUCACCACCAUGCUGCAGAGUUAUGUCAGUCAGGCACUAGAUGAACUGGGGAGUAUUGAGCAGGAGAAACCGUUGCUGGAGUAUAUGGAGAAACAUGCUGGAGAGCCUAAACCGAAGCAACCCCGGGCGCCGCCGCUCCGGCCAGUCAUCAUCGCCAAGGACGCCAUACAGAAGGCGGUGUUCGGCGCCGGAUAUCCGUCGCUGCCCACCAUGACAGUUGAGGAGUUCUAUGAUAAACGCGUCAGGGACGGAAUUUUCCCGUCGGCGGCGAACAUCCCGCACCAGACCAUACAAAGCACAGAAACGGAAGACGACGACGCCGAGCGAGCGAGAAAGGAUCAGUUAGAGGAAGAUGACGACCCCGAGGAGCUGGCUCGGAAGAGGAACAUGGAUGAGUACAAGGACGACCACCGCCGCGGGUGGGGCAACCGGUACAACCGCAGCUAGUGGCCUCAUCCUGCCCUACCUUACUCUAUGUACAGCCAAAGAAAAUUGAUUGUAAUAGAGAGGUAAAGUCUAAGAAAAAAACGUGCCCCUUAGUUUGACAUCCAAAACAGAUGGCGCUGUACUGCGCCAUAUGUUUUGCGGUCACUGAAUUGUCAAACGUCAACUUUUGACAAUAAGAGUUACCGCAUAAUGAAAUUCGAAGCACAUAAUUGUCUUAGAUUUAACACAUCUUACUCAAUCAAUGUAUCUUUGGUACAGCGAGCUGCAAAAUUGCAGGGACAAAACUUCAAAACAACAUCAAAACUUGCCAAGACAAAUGUAAUUUUAUUUUCACCACACCAGCUGGUAAAGGCUCUCUUGAUUGUUCAAAAACGGAUGAGAAAGUUGGAUUUUAUCCACAUGUGUGACAAAGUAAUCUGAUGCAAAUGUUGAGUCUAUAAAAUUAUAGUAAAUGUAUAGUAUGGUUAAAAACAGCUCCAAUAUUUAUAUAUAUUGUGUACAAACAGCAACACUCUUAAUUGUCCACCGGUGGACCUUAUGCCUUUUGUAAUAAGGUCCACCGAUGGACUGUUAACAGUGUGGGCGAUGGUACCUACCUACUAACUAUUAUUAAAACCUAUUUUACAUUAUUGUAUAUUUGUGUUAAUAAAUAUUCAACACCGGGAAAUUAUUGAAUGGGCUCGGGCGAAGGAUUUUACAGAUGUCGCUAGCAUAGGUUUUACCUGUGUCAAUAUCAAGUUUAAUAGUGUCAAAUUCUUGAUUUUUUUUUUAAUGUUAUGAAAUAGAUGCUAGCCUUUUUAACCAAAUCCCAUACAGGGAAAACUUGUGCUGGCACCAUCUAUAAAAAAAAAUUACAGGUUCCAACCCUAUUGUUAUGAAACGUAAUGAUCAUACCCAUUGUUAUUUUACUAACAAUUGUUACAGCGCUGAACAAAAUAAAGAUAUUAAAUUAUUUUGAAAUAUUUUAUUUUACGGUAAACACGUAUUUUGUAAAGUACGUUUUGUAAACCUUUUUCUUUUUAUUAUAAUUUAACCUAUCACAAGGUGGUCAAAAAUCGUGGCUGCAAACCUUGGUUGUGCUAUAGAGCAAAAAAAAGUCUCGAGUAAAAUGCAAAGAGAUUACUAAAAAUUCGGCCAGAAUCCUUAUCACACACAGACAAGAGGUCAAUGACACAGGAUGAUGAUGAUGAUGGAAUAAUGUCAUGGCUGAAUCAUGAAAGUCAUUUUUGACCCACUAACUUUGAAUAGUGAAUAAGUACCCUAGCCUUUACUGCAUGACAUGUAAAAUAAUUAGUUUAAAUUAGAGCUUUAGUUGCUGUCAAUAUUAUAACUGCCAUUCGUAUGCACUAAAAGGUUAAAAAAGAAAUCGAAAUAUGUGUCGAAGUAUGGUCAAAGGUCCCACUUUGUCGCUUACCAUAAGGACGAUAUUUGCUUGCAUCUUUAUACGAAUAACCUGUCAAAGCAUGGCCAUAGGGAAUAGAGGUAGUGUUCCCUCUCUAGCCUUAUGUACGAGUAUAUCUUUGUUCCUGAUUGUAUUCCUUUCCCUCCCAGAACCCAUCCCGCACGUCAUCCGUGAUCGUAACCGCUCCGUCCCCCUCACCAGUUCCCUCGCGAGGCACCUCGUGCACAGCCGACUGCCUCGGCACGUGCGUGGUGUCUGAUUAGCGCGACUCACGAGGCAUGUGUGUGGUGUAAGCUGCUUUGUUUACGGUGUAGUGUACCUCGUACGGUUCGGACGUGCAUAUUAUGCCUUGCUUCAUAUAGGUAGGUACUUAUUUAGAAUAGAAUAAGGUUUCUUUUCAUUCUAAGAAGACGUUGUUUAGUCUGAAUUAGAUUUUAUCCUUUCCCUCCCAGAACUCAUACCACGCGUCGUCCGUGAUCGUAAUGGCUCCGUCCCCCUCACCAGUUCUCUCGCGAGGCACGUCGUGGACCGCAAACUGCCUCGGUACGUGCGUGGUGUCCGAUUAUUCUUUAGUUUACGAAUAUGCUGUUGCGCUUACAUCGGUUUGAGGAUCCACAUCAGUGUCAUAAUCCCGUAAUGUCAGGUGGACACGUACAGGUGUGACAAGUGUGACAACCUCGCGAGGCACCUUGUGAAACUAUGCUGCCGCGUAGAGCCAUUCUGCCUCGGAUGUUAUACCUCACGAGGAACAUCUCACUUCAUAUCUUAGGUUUGUACUUAUGAAGUGUAGGUAGAUAGAUUUUGUUUUCAUUGGAAGACAAGAUAUUUAAUUUUAUUUUAAGAUUUGUUCAUAGUAAAAGAUUUUUAAUGA